AUGGAUGAUAAAGAAACAAAUAAAUCAUGGAACGAUAUUGAUUCCGGUGAGGCGAUCGUUAUUUCUGGUAUUGCUGGUAGAUUUCCUCAUUCAGAUAACAUGGAUCAAUUACGAGAAAAUUUAUUCAAUAAAAUUGACCUUGUAAAAGCAGACCAUAACCGAUGGAAAAUGGCUGUGGAGCAUGCAGAAUUCUCAAAACGUAUGGGAAUUGUCAAUAAUAUAGAAAAAUUUGAUGCGGAUUUUUUUGAAAUACCUUUUGAGCAAGCACACACAUUCAUACCAGAAACAAGACUGUUACUGGAACAUAGUUAUGAAGCAAUUAUCGAUGCUGGGAUCAAUCCAAAGCAAUUACAAGGCAAAAAUACUGCUGUAAUUAUAGGAUCAGCUCUUGUUGAAGGACAAAAAACAUUGCUAGAAGAUAUUCAAGGACAGAAUAUUCUCGGAUCUCACAAAUCUAUAAUGGCAAAUAUGAUUUCACACUAUUUCGAUCUGAAAGGGCCAUCUUAUAUCGUCGAUUCAGCAUGCAGCUCUAGUCUUUAUGCUAUGGCCAUUGGUUAUGAUUGUAUCAUGUCAGGCAAAUGCGAAGACGCAAUAGUUGGAACUGCACAAUUAUGUUUUCUUCCUCUUAUAAAUCUACAAUUCGCUCGGCUUGGUGUUUUGUCAUCCGACGGUUAUUGUAGGCCAUUUGAUAGCGCUGCUAAUGGUUAUUCGCGUAGCGAAACGAUCGCAGUGGUAUACCUUCAAAAAGCGAAAAAUGCUAAGAGGAUUUAUGCCAUAUAUCCGCAUAUUAAAUUAAAUAGCGAUGGUUACAAACUAGAAGGAAUAACAUAUCCUUCAUCACAAGUGCAAUGUGCCUUACUAAAAGAAUUUUACGAAGAAUGCAAAAUACCACCAUCUUGUUUGGAUUAUAUCGAAACACAUGGUACCGCUACCAUAGCUGGCGAUCCUCAAGAAAUUAAUGCUAUCUAUAAUGUUUUGUGUAAAAAUAGAAAAACUCCAUUAAUGAUCGGCUCUGUAAAAUCCAACCUUGGGCACACAGAACCUGCGAGUGGUUUUAAUCAGAUCGCUAAGGUAAUAAUAGCAUUCGAAACUGGCCAUGUUCCACCAAAUAUCAAUUAUUCAUCACCAAGAAAAGAUAUAGAUGCUUUGAUAAAUGGAACUGUUCGUGUCGUGCAAGAACCAAUGUCACUUCAAAAUGGUUACAUAGGAAUUAAUAAUUUCGGUUUUGGGGGAUCCAAUGCUCAUAUGUUAUUAAAGUGGAAUGGUAAACAGAAAGUUAAUAAUGGAGCACCGAAAGAUGACUUACCUAGACUUGUAAUGUUAUCUGGACGCACUGAAGAAUCAGUGAAAUUGUUUUUAAACGAUAUUGCUGAUCGACCGAUAGAUGUAGAAUAUAUCCGUUUAUUACAUGACAUCUAUGCAGACAAUAUAAAUGGUCAUCCAUGGAGAGGGUACAUUAUACUGAAUACUUUCCAAAAAGAUUCAAUAAAAAAAAUACAAAAUUGUACAAGCAUGGAAAGACCUGUUUGGUUUAUAUUUUCAGCCUUAGGUUCUCAAUGGCCAGGAAUGGGCCAAAACUUAUUAAAGCUUCACGUCUUUAAAAAAACGAUAAGAAAAUGUGAUAAUAUUUUAAAACCGUAUGGUGUAAGUGUCAUAGACAUUUUGACAAAAAAAGAAGAAGAAAUAUGCAAAAAUGCGUUAAACGCUUUUCUUGGAAUUAUUGCUAUUCAGAUUGGUUUAGUAGAUCUCCUAACAUCCUUAGGAAUUACUGCCGAUUACAUAAUUGGUCACUCAGCCGGUGAACUUGUUUGUGCAUACGCAGAUGAAUGCCUUACGAUUGAACAAACUAUUUUAUCAGCAUAUUUUAUCGGUAUAGCAUGUAUCGAAGGAAAAAUAAUUCAUAGUUCGAUGGCGGUUGUCAAUACCAAUUACGAGUAUCUUAAAAAUAUAUGUCCAGAGAAUAUUGACAUAAUAUGUCACAACAGCAAGAACAGCAGCGUGGUGUGCGGACCACUGGAAUUUGUACAAGAACUAAUGAAAAAGUUACAGGUCAGUAAUAUUUACGUGAAGGAGAUUUAUUGCAAUGUACCGUAUCACAGUUCUUACCUCGCACCGGUGGAAAAUCAGCUUCUGUUUAAUUUGAACAAAAUAAUACCACAGCCGAAAAAACGAAGUUCAAAAUGGAUCAGUACUUCUGUACCUCGCACCGAAUGGUUCACGUCAGCAUCAAAGUUAUCAUCAGCGGACUAUCAUAUUCGAAGUAUAUUAAACACUGUUUUAUUUCAACAAACAAUAGAUCUAAUUCCAAAUAAUGCUGUGGUCAUCGAAAUCGCACCAGACGAUAUUCUGCAGCACGUUUUGAGAGAAUCCCUACAUCCAAACAUAACGAACCUUGUAUUAACUCGACGCGCCGAACAAAACAUUGAUAUAUUUUUACAAGGAAUUGGAGAGUUGUAUAAUUGUGGUUUACAGCCACAAAUUGCCAAAUUAUAUCCACCAGUGCAAUUUCCAGUUAGCCGAGGAACUCCUAUGAUUUCCCCAUCAAUCAGAUGGGAUCAUUCUGAAAACUGGCUUUUACCGAAUCAAAAACAAGAGUUUAUAAAAUCGAGAGAAAGGUACGUCAACAUUUCACUUAAUGACGAGGACUAUGAAUAUAUGAGCGGUCAUGUAAUUGAUGGGAGAAAUUUACUACCCGCGACAAGUUAUUUAGGACUCGUUUGGAAAACAAUUGGCUUGAUAAAAGGGUUAAUGUACACAACAAUACCGAUAGUUUUCCGAGAUGUAAAAUUUAUCCGUGCUAUUUAUUUGUCGAAAAAUGAUACUGUGGAACUAUAUAUUGCAAUACAAACAGCAGUAUUUGAGGAGGAUAAGGAAUUAAUCAUUGGUGGUACUUUACAGCAAAAGAUUUCCUGCUGUCUCGAUGAGCUUGAUAAGUUUUUACUUCAAAAUCGGCCGAUUGUGAGCAGCAUGGUCGUAGCUGAAAAAAAAGUGGGACGUCACGGAUUGGGAAAUCUUGUAGAAACAGUUGCUAAUAUUUUAGACAUAAGUGACAUGAAGACUGUAAGCCUAAAUUCGUCUCUGGCCGAACUUGGCAUGGACUCCAUGAUGUCCGUGGAAAUCAAACAAACUUUGGAACGAGAAUUUGAUAUAUUUCUUGCAACACAAGAGAUACGAAAUCUCACUUUUGCAAAACUCAUUAAGAUGUCCGUUGCAAACAUCAGUGACGAUGACGUAAAUGAUAAAAAGAAAUUCGACAUAGAGAAGUCAGACGUUAUAAAAAUUUUAGUUGGUAUUAUAUUAAAAGAUGAAGACUUUGUUUCCCAAAAUGAUUUUUUUAUUAACAAACAGAAUACUACGACUGAAGUAUUUCUUAUUCCGGGUAUUGACGGUUGCGGUACUGUAUUUAAAACCAUAAUACCACACAUUAAAUUUUCAACAUGGUUAUUGCAUUAUAGUACGAACAACAUAGAUUGUACAAACAUGAUAACGGAAACUACUAAUCGUCUCACAAACCAAAUACUUCCAAAGCUAACAGAUGGAAAAGAUUUUGUAAUGGUAGGAUAUUCCUUCGGAUCUCUUAUUGCAGUUGAAGUAACAAGGAUAUUAGAAGCUAUGAAUUUUAAAGGCCGACUUGUUCUCAUUGACGGUGCUCCUGAGGUAGCACGAACAAUGUUCAAACCUUUUGAAUUUGAUUUCGAUGACGUAAAUUUUCAAAUUGAUUUAUUAACUAAUAUUCUGGAAAGCUAUUCAAUAGGAAGUUCUCAAAAGAUUUUAAUGGAAUUGAAGAAAUGUGAGAGUUGGGAUGAAAGAUUUAAUAUUUUCGCUAAAGAAUUCUCAGUAAUAUAUACAUAUCUCUCAUUUGCAAAUUUAAAGACAUUGUGUACAACGAUUUACAAACAUUUCGUCGCUCUUCAGCAAUAUGAUUCUUCUACAUUGCCGCCUAUUAAGUCUCCCAUAAUGUUGUUAAAAUGUACGCAUUCGUCAAAUAUGAUUGCGAUCGAAGAAGAUUUUUGUUUGCAUAAGGUAACUCAAAAUGUGGUAAAAGUACAUUACAUUGAAGGUGAUCAUGUGACAAUCUUGAAGAAUGAAAAUGUAGCAGCUGCUAUUAACGGAGAAUUACCAUUUACAAUUUGAUUAAUCUAUUCAUAAUUUCUUAGUCUAUUUAUAAUUUGAUUUUACAGAACAGAUGAAUAAAAGAAUUUUUAAAGCUUUUUAAGGGGAUCCUAAAGUGAAGCCCGAACUCCGAUGAAGUUACCAGAAGUCACUAUUUUGCAGCAUAUCGACAUAUCUUUUAUAUACUAGGGGAGA